GAGGAGAGAGGGGAGGAGAGAAGCACAGUAUAAAACGGGCAGGACAGUGCUGAGAGAAGUUACUGUCUAAGUAUAAGGGCUUAUGGGGAGACGGCAAUCAUCAAUCUGACCGAAAAUCUCAGAUUUACAGAGGCACUUUGGAGACACAGCAACAAAAAUCUGCUCUCGUUUAUAGAGAUGGAGGAUGAUAAGAAGAGCAAGAUGGAAAAUGUGCACAGCACAGAUUGUGACCUGUCAGAACAGAUUAAAUCGGUCACCAAGGACAGCCAUGUGAGAGCUGAGAACACAGAACUCAUGUUGAGCUACCAGAAAGGACAGAUAUCCCUGCAGCAAUAUAAGCUCCUCCUGUGUUCACUGCAUGAGAUCUACAGAGCCCUGGAAGAGGAGCUGGACAGAAACUCCUCUCACCCUGGCGUCGCGCCAAUAUACUUCCCCCAGGAACUGGCCCGACUGGAGUCGCUGGAGAAAGAUCUUGAGUACUUUUAUGGCCAGAACUGGAGAGAGAGGAUCAUCGUCCCAGCUGCUACUCACAGAUAUGCACAGAGACUGAGACAGGUUGGCAAAGAGAAUCCUGAGUUCCUGGUGGCCCACGCUUACACCCGUUACCUGGGCGACCUGUCGGGCGGGCAGGUCCUGGGACGCAUCACCCAGAAGUCCCUGGGGCUGAGCGGCGGGGAGGGUCUGUCCUUCUUCUCGUUCCCCGGAGUGACCAGCCCCAACCGCUUCAAGCAGCUGUACAGGAGCAGGAUGAACAGCGUGGAGCUGAGCCAAGAGGCGAGGGAGGGGGUGCUGGAGGAGGCCGUCAGAGCCUUCGAGUGCAACAUCGAGGUGUUCGACGACCUGCAGAGAAUGUUGUCGCGCAACGGCGUCGCCGAGAAGGAGGCCGGCCCGCGGUGCAGACACGCGUCAGACGUCAAACGCCGCGCACCUCACGGGGCGGAGACGGAGAAGUGCGCGCGGGCAGGCGACGCCCAGAGCGGUGACAGUGACCUGUCAGAGCAGAUUAAGUCCGUGACCAAGGACAGCCACGUCAGAGCUGAGAACACAGAGCUGAUGUUGAGCUACCAGAAGGGAAACAUAUCCCUGCAGCAAUAUAAGCUCCUCCUGUGUUCACUGCAUGAGAUCUACAGAGCCCUGGAAGAGGAGCUGGACAGAAACUCCUCUCACCCUGGCGUCGCGCCAAUAUACUUCCCCCAGGAACUGGCCCGACUGGAGUCGCUGGAGAAAGAUCUUGAGUACUUUUAUGGCCAGAACUGGAGGGAGAGGGUCAUCGUCCCAGCUGCUACUCACAGAUAUGCGCAGAGACUGAGACAGGUUGGCAAAGAGAAUCCUGAGUUCCUGGUGGCCCACGCUUACACCCGUUACCUGGGCGACCUGUCGGGCGGGCAGGUCCUGGGACGCAUCACCCAGAAGUCCCUGGGGCUGAGCGGCGGGGAGGGUCUGUCGUUCUUCUCGUUCCCCGGAGUGACCAGCCCCAACCGCUUCAAGCAGCUGUACAGGAGCAGGAUGAACAGCGUGGAGCUGAGCCAAGAGGCGAGGGAGGGGGUGCUGGAGGAGGCAGUCAGAGCCUUCGAGUGCAACAUCGAGGUUUUCGAUGACAUACAGAAGAUUUUGAGUGUCACAGAGAAGGCUAACAUGCAACACAGAGAAGCAACACACAAUGGCUACAUCUCUCAUGGAGCCACGACGCUAGCCAAAACGCUGCCAGCCUCUCUGCUCUCCCCGGCCUCCCCUCUUCUGCGGCUCCUCCUGGGGGUCUGUGUCGCCGUGGCAACAGUCGGAAUGGGAAUGUACGCAUUUUAAAACGGUUUUUUGUUGUGAACGUUCUGUCGGCCAGUUAAAACAGUAUUAUGGGCAAAUGACGAAAUGGAGAACAUGUGCAAUAUGAGGUGCCUUGCGUCAUGCGCAAGGUGUGUAUUUUGAAGGGCAUUAAUGCUUCAUUCUUUGCAUAGGACACUACUCACCACUCGGUAUCAUGUGUGCCUCCAAUGUUGAUUCUUUUUUGCUAUUAUAAAGUUUUUACUGAUUACCCAGCAACCUCUUUGUUACAUGUAGCUACAGAAAUAACUGCAGUUUAAACUAAUGUCAUUUUUUGAAUGAUGUGCAAUUCUCUUCUAUAUUGUAUAUAUUUCUCCUUAAUGGGAAUACCAUUUUAUCAAUUCAGCAUACUGUAUGAAGGCAACAUUUUACUGUUGUUUUACUAAUUUUAUUUUAAGUCAGAUAUGAACGUGCGUUAUUUUAAUUUUCUCACCUUUUAUGAAGGCCUGAAGUAAAAAUGCAAUCAAGGUAUUUUUGAAAUACAUAAUGUACAUAUGAAAAUCUAAGACUGAUUACUCGUUCUGUUUACUAUUGAAUGUUGCAUUUAGACUGGAUCAAAUUCAGUAUAUGCAUUGACAUUUUCUAAUAAAGUAUUUUUAUUGAUUUAAAA